AUGCUAGUCCGAGGUCAAGAUGAGGAAGGUGUAGAGGGAAAACGGCACUAUACCGUCCGACCACCAUUCGAUCGCGAGUUGGCGAACGUACAGAUGCAGAACAAGUUAGACAGUCAAAUACCAGACAGUUCGACGCUACUCUUAGACACAAGUACAACAACAACGGCAGCAAUUAGGCGAAAAUACAAACCGUGGAGACCGCCUGAAGUGAUCGCGGCGGGAAAGGCGGGAGGAAUGGCCAGGAGAGAGGAAAAGGUGAUGGUAAAAGCACUGAAGCAAAAUAAUAUCACAACAUAUAUUCAGCCUACUGCAGAAGCCGUCCAAUGCGCCACUUCCAACUUUUUCUUGCGAGACCGGAAGAUGUCACCUCGGAUCACUCAUGAGACCGAGGUAAAAGCACGCGCGUAA